UAUAUAACAGCUCAUCAUCUCUUACCAAUUACUGACAAAACAUAGUAGUACAUAUAUAUAUAUAACUUGUUCAAAGCCAGUACUGCAAUAUUUAGGUUCUUAACUUUUUGUCGUUUAAAAUAUUUGAUGAGUUGAUAUUACCGAAGCAGUGCAGAAGUUGGGCCGGGUUGAAUAUAUAUUAGAAUAAGACAGGUGUUGGAAUCCUAACUUUGACUGAUCAAAUUUGAUAAUUUGAACUCUAAAAUCUCACAUUCUAUUCUACUAUAUAUACGGUUGAGGAAAAUGAGAAUUAUUAAUCUAUGCCUUUUUAAGUUUUAAGCUGACAUCUCAGAAAUAAGAAUAUGGUCUCACUUAGUUUCAAUAUUCAGCUGGUGGUAUUAGUAAUUGCUUUGCUCGUUCUACAGGAGCAGCACUCUUCAGCUCAUGCUCUAUUUGGAAAGCUAAGGAAGAAAGAAUGGCUAAAGUUCAACUCUAUGCAAAAAGAUCAUGUAUGUUAUGAUUCAGUGGAUGGUAUCAUUGCCUCUGUGGGUGGAAUUAGAAAAAUGCUGGUGAAACAAGAGCACAUGGUUGAUGAUAUUUCAGUGACAGGAGAUGCUACGUUUGAUUCAAUGAAGACUUCUCAGGUGGAUACCGAAAUACUGAAGAAGAAUGCACGAAACUCCCUUGGCGUAAUCAACUUUUCAGAGCAGAAUCUCGAGAGAAGUAAGAAAGAAGAAUCAAAGAAGUUUGCUGAUGCAGAAGAUGAAGUAGCAAAACUUAUGAACAAAGACUAUACUGGAAGAAACGAGCCUCGCCGCAAGCCGCCUAUCAAUAAUCACAAGCCUACGGACUAAUUAAAACGGGUGAUUUAAAAGAAUAGUCUUGAAAGUGAGAGUGAGUGAUCUUGAACUUUUGCCUCGCUUAUCUCAGGGGAAAAACUUCAAGUAUAACAACUUUUGAUCUUGAAGGAUUCUCUGUUGAAGUAAGUGGAGAUUAAAGGUUCAACACCACCUCUUUUCAAGGUCAUUAGAUGUAAUUUCACUAAAACCUGGUCAUAGUAGUACUGUUUGACAUAGUAGUAAGUAGUAAUUAGUGCAAGUAGUGUUCAGAUUUGGGCCUCACAAUUUUGCCCCUACUAGUGAAGCCCCAUAAAUUAUAGUAGUACAUUAAAUAGGAUUGGAAAGUACUGAUAAAUCAAAGUACUGUCUCUAGUGAGCUAUCCACCUAACUGGCAUGCCACUGGUGGCAGAAUCAUGUUUGUUAUUGUACAUUUGUUUUAUUUCUUUAUGUAUAUUUACUCCAACAAAUUUACUAGGAAGUUGUUUUGUGAUGUUAUGUUAUACAGAAGAAGUCUUCGAUCAAACUUAAAGGAGGAAAAUGACUUAGUCGAAUUUACGGGCACAAGUCAUUUUC